AUGAAGUUCUUCAACUGGAUGCAAAGUAAGUUCAGUUCAGGCCAAGGGGAUAAAAGGGCUAAUUCAGUUCUUGAUACAAAUCAUAAAAGGGUAGAACCACCGAAAGAAGGGUUCAGUGACUGGCCUCACAGCUUGCUAACGAUCGGGACGUUAGGCAACAAAGACCUCACAGACAAGCAAGAGAUUGUUAAAGUUGAUCAAAAUCUACAGAAUGGAAGAACCCCUCAAGAAGAGCAAUGUUCAUCACCCGAUUUCUCAGAAUUCACAGCUGAAGAAGUAGGGAAGUUACAGAAGGAACUGACGAAGCUUCUGAGGCGAAAACCGGCUGCCUCAAAACCUGAGGAGCGGAUGGCUGAUCUACCACUGGACAGGUUCCUCAACUGCCCUUCAAGCCUAGAGGUGGACCGCACGGUUUCUGAUAGGUUCAGCACGUAUUCAGUCGACGAUAAGGAUGAGGAAGAAAUAGACAGAACCAUUAGGAUCAUCCUAGGAAGAUGCAAAGACGUCUGCGAAAAGAAGAAGAAGAAGACAGCAAUUGGGAAAAAAUCACUGUCUUUCCUAGUCAAGAAAAUGUUUGUCUGCAGCAGUGGAUUCGUGCCAACUCCUAGUUUACGCGAUACCCUUCAAGAAUCAAGAAUGGAGAAGCUUCUGAGGACAAUGCUGUCCAAAAAGAUAUACCAUCGGAGUUCGUCUAGAGCAACAUCGACAAAGAAGUGUCUACAGGAUGGUAGGCCGACAUUAACGAAUCCAGAAACGGAGGACGAAUCACACGAUAAAUACCGGGAUGGAUCUAAAUGGGAUAAAACUGAUUCUGAGUAUAUUGUUCUAGAGAUAUAG